UCGGGAAAAAGCUAAAAUUUAGAGACAACCGAGUUUGUUAGUUUUUGGCGUAGCUGUGUUGUUUAUUGCAUGUAAAGCCAGUCAAGGAAAGUGCUGCCUGUUUCGCGUAAGUUGAUUUCGAACAAACCGGACGAAUUGUGCUGCGUACAAUGAUGAUGCAAAUCUUCGUUUUCUUGACGGUUAUUCUUUGCGCAUGGGCAGACGAUACGGCUACUUCAACCAACAAAGAUGGAAGCUUUUUUUGCCAGUAUUAUUCGGAUCACACGAUGAGCUGUUACAACCAUUAUCGUAACCGCGAGGCAAACGAAAGCCUGACACCGGAAGCAGCCGACAGAGCUUUUGCGAUUUUCGGGUUAGGGGAGCCGAUCAAAGGCAGCUGGACGGAUGAAGACGGUUUUUUCAAAGCGGACAACAGCACUGCUGUUGGUGAACGAAAAUUUGUUGGAACAUGCAUGUUUGAUCCGAAUACUGGCGCAAAUUGUGCCCAUGCAAAUCCCCCGUGCAAGCAGACACCGAUAUUGAAGAUCGAAUGCGUCGAUGGUGGAUUGUUUCGCGUAGCAAAUUUUUCUGGAACUCCUGGGGGGCCGAUCCGACCUGUUCUUCCAGUCAGUAGUGCGUGAUAUCGAGAAUUACUGUGCCACUGUAUCCCAAACAGUUCCACUGCCUGUUAAAGAUUUCCAAUAAAUACCGUGUUCUUUCGUAA